AAAGGUGGUGAAGAAUAUGGUUGCAUUUGGUGCACGCAGGGAGAAAUCCAGUGAAUCCUCGGAUUCAGAUGUCAGUACAGACUCUGAGGAUUAUCAAGUGAUGCACAACAAGUGGUUGAAUCUCAAGAAUGAGAAUCUGAGGUUGCAACACGAUGUGGUGCAGAGCCGUGAGCAGUAUGAAGAUCUUGCUGAAGAACUUGCUGCUGUAAAUGAGAAUUAUGAGUUUCUGGAGAAGGAGGUUAGCAAACUGAGGGAGAUUGCUAUUGAUGAACGUGAGAGAGCAAUGAUGCUGGAACGUGAUUUGGCUGAGAAUCGCAAACAGAUCAGGAUGCUCAACAGUGGAUCCAAAGAGUUGGAUAAAAUACUCUCGAUGGGUCAACCAGCCAAGGCGAAUUGGGGACUGGGAUAUUGAGGAGCUGAGAGUACUAAGGAAGUACACCAGAAGGGGCUAUCGCAUUUCGUGCAUGGGAGCACAUCAAAAAGUGGAGCCAAAGGAGCUUGUCAGGAAGUACGUCGGGACGUACGACAGUGAGUAAGGCAGGAAGUUCUACAGCGCGUAGCUGUGAGUAACAAGCCGAAAGUAGUACAUCAGUGCAACAACAUGAAGGUCAGACAGGAGGUUCUGAAUCAUGGUUGUGCAGCUGGUACAAAGAAGAAGACUGAUCGAUGCAUCAGCAACUGUGUCAGGCCAAGCAAGAAGCAGCAUCAGAUGUGCUGUUGGUUCUGUGGGAAGGUUGAACACAAGAAGGUGGAGUGUUUUGCUCGUAAGAAGAGCAGAAACAUGGCCAAUAAGGUGAACAAGACGUUCAUUAAACCCAAGAGGGUUGAAGAGGUGCUCUUAGCCAAGAGUGGCUUGCUUGAUGAGACUGAAUGAAACCUUCUUUCUUCUAUCAGAAUAGGAAUAAGAUCAAAAAGGCCAUCAUUGGAGCAAACAAUGCAAUAGCUUCGGUUAGAGCAAAGCCCAAAA